CUCCCAGCAACCCGGGCUGACUCACAGCCCCAAAUUUGCUGCAGCCAGAACCUCAUUUGCAUUUCCUCCCGCAUGCAGGGAGAGGAGCAGGAACAGAAGAGGUUUGUAGGGAAAAGGGGUGGAGAGCAGGGAGGAAGGUUGGCUUUGGUUAUAAAGAGCAUGGGAGGGAGGAGAGGCAGCAGCGCAGCGCCCGGCGCAGGGAUGGGCGGCGGGGAUGAGUCGCUGCAUUCCUGCAUCCCUCUCCUGGCCACUGCCGCAGGGUCUCUCCUGCUGGCUGUGCACUUCUACAGCUCCCUGAUCCCCAGCACGGCCCUGGGGGUCCUGCUGCUGCUCCUGUCACCUCUCCUGGCCUAUGCAGGGAUCCGGAGAAGCCCCAGGAGCUCCCUGCUGGUGCCCCUGAGCCUGGCCCUCUCACCCUUCUGGAGUGGCUACGGGCUGAUCCUGGUGCUGGCCGGGCAGGGAGCGCUGCCUGCCCCCGGGGACGCCCGGGACGCCCUCCUGCCCGGCCUGGCCGCCUUCACCCUGACCCUGCUGCUGCUGGCCCUGCUGGCUUUCCUCUCUGGACAGCCCUUCCUGGCCCUGCUGGCCACUGCCAUGGCGCUGGCCAGUGGCCACGAGGUUGCCCUGCACUGCAGCUCCUCGCUGGGCCCCUCGGCCGUGGCUUGUGGCCACCUCCUUGUCUGCUUGCUCGGGGGCUACUUUGCUCUGGGGAGGAUGCUUUGCUUGCUCACCAAAGGGAGAUUUGCCCUGCCUGGCACGGAUCUGGCUGAGAAGAAAGCCCAGGAGCGGGGCUGGGCCAGCGCUGGCAACCCCUUUGUAGCCCCAGGGCUGCUCCUGAACGCGCUGUCAGCCAGUGUGUUCUGCUGCAGGCUCCUGGGUGUCACCCACAAGCUCUUCCUGGGCCAUGUGCCCUGGCUGUGGGCAGCUGGCACCUUCCAGCUUGGCAUCUGUGUGCUGUCCUACCGAGCCAUGGACGUUCUCAUGGCCACGGCCUUCGGCUUCACUUCCAUCCUCAAAUUCGCCGGGGGCUACAGCCUCCUGUACCCAGCCUGGCAGCCAGAGGAGCCAGCCUUCCCCACCCCAGUCCUGCUGGUUUUCUCUGCUCUUUUCGCUCUCCUGGCUCUUUUCCUCUCCCUGCAGAGCCCCGUGGAUGGCCUGUACCUGCUGGUUUUUGUUGCCUACUGCAUCGCCUUGGCUUGCAGCCCCAAGGGGUUUUUUGCAGCCGGCCCCCAGGGCGUGGCCGUGGCUGUUUUCGUGGCCUCAGCCUCGGUGGCUUUGAUCCACCUGUACAACCUGAGGGCAAAGGCCAAGAUCCCGACGGGGAGGGGGGCAGUGAGGGCCCUCCUUGCUCGCAGCAGCCUCCUGAAGCUCCGCGAGGGGCCCGACCUCCACUCCCCCUACCUGGGCUAUUCCAAAUACGCCGACGCAGAAAUCCUCACCUACGCCUGCAGCGUGCUGGCUUCCUUUGCUCUGGCAGCCACAGGAGACCCCCAGGCUCCCCUUGCCACCGUGGUCAUCCCGUGGCUGGUGGUGGCUGGUGGCAUCCUCAAGCUUCUGGGGGGCUCUGUGGCUUUUGCCCGGGGUAAAACCCUGGAGAGCAGCGCCUUCAUCCUCUACGCUGUCAUGUGGGUCAUCUGGGGCCUGGCAAGGUUUGGUGGCCUCCAGGGCACUGCCAGGACCUUCCACUCAGCCCUGGGCAUCGUUGCCUUCAUGCUCUUCAACAGCUUCGUGGUCUUCUGCUCGCUCUUCCUCAGCACAGCCUGGUUCUUCUACUCCCUCACCUUCAUGCUGGUGGCUGGCAGCUUCCUGCUGGAUGCCGUCCGUGCUCUUCCCGCUGGAUACGACCUGGCUGCCAGCCUCAUCUUUGGGCUGGUCAGCUUUUACUGCUUCCUGGCUUCCCUGGCCAGCAGCACCUUGGAGGGGCUGUGCUUGCCCAUGGGGAAGCCCGUGGUGCAGCUCGGUGGGGUCGGGGCAGGAGGCAGCAAGUGCCUUCACCUGCCCGCCAGGAAAGCGUCCUCAGUCAAGAGAAUUGCAGAUAUCCUGAGGAGUGGUGGCACCUGUGGCAUCCCCACCGACACUGUGUACGUGCUGGUGGCUGCCUGCAGCCGGCCUGAUGCUGUGGAGAAAGCUCACAGGUCCAAGCGCCAGGCUCAGGAUCGCCCCAUGUCCCUCUGGAUUUCCAGCCUGAAGCAGCUGGAACCUGCCAAGCAUUUGUUCACUCCCCUCCUCUGGGACUUCAUGGAGGCAGCCUGGCCAUCUCCCAUCAGCUUGGUCAUUCCCAGAGGUGAGUGGGUGGAUUUCCUGGGGAUGAAGGACUCUGCUAGAUACGUUGGGACCCCUCAGAGCGUGGCCAUCCGCAUCCCCGACUGCUCUGUCACCACACACCUCAUCGACCUGGUUGGCCCCAUUGUGGUCACAUCAGCCAACCCAACGGGAGAGGCUGACACCACCCACCACAACCAAGUGUACGCCAAGCUGGGAGACAAGGUGGAUGCAGUUCUUUGUGGUGGGCCCUCUCCAGAGAACAUUGCCUCCACCGUGGUGGACUGCACCAAGAUCGACACUGGGAACAUCGGGUUCUUCAGGGUCGGCAUCAUCCCCAAGUCUCAGGUGCUGCAGAUCCUGGAGCAGGUGCAGAAGAAACACCUGGUGGUCCCUCCCAGUGCCACCUGCCCCACAAAAGGCUGGGAAGAGCUCCAGACUCGUGGCCACGCCGUGCACAACGGGGUGGGCAGAGCUGCCCGGGGGGAGCCGGGGCUGGAUCCCGAUUCCGAGCGUCACACCCGCGUCUGAUCCCGCAGCUCCGCCUGGAAAAUAACGUGGGAAAUGUGGGAAAACGCCAUUUCGGCCAAAUUGGGGAAUGGGAGAGGCUGCCCAGCUGCAGGGGUGACUCAUCUGCCUUUCUAUGGACGCUGCAAACCACAGGAAAAUUUUCCCUUUAGGGGCGCUGCCAGCGCUCCCUGGAGAUCAGUCACGACCAAAGCCGGAGUCCCAGAGCUCCAUCCCUGCCACCGGGAGGGAAUUCCUUGGAUUUGGGAUUUGGAUUUGGGGCAUGGGGUGAGGAGUAACUUGAAUUACACAGGAUGGUUUUGGUGGGGAAAGACUUUCCAAUCCUUGAGCCCCCAGCACUGCCAAGGCUGUGUCCCCGUGUCCCCAAGUGCCACACCACGUGGGGAAGGAGGAGGGGAGAUGAGUCCAGGUGCUUUGCUGGUGGAUCCAAUGGAUUUGGCAAAGCCUGGACUCAGAGCUGGGGGUGUCUCCUGCUGUGUUUUCUUCACAAUCACCCACUGACCCCACCUGGGAGGUGUUUCCUCUGUUCCCUUCCUCAACACUCCAAAGAAACGCCAGACCCGAGGGGUGAGGUGCCACUCCUGCAUUUCACACUCAGUGUCAGGGUGGAAUCCCCAUUUGGACGACCCCAAUAUUUUAUACCCUUCAAGGUGCUUUAGGGAAGACCCUCCCUUGCCACGUUAGGAGUUUCAGGAGCCCAAUCUCCAUGUUUUUGAGGAUGCCAGGAGCUGGUCUCUCACCUUACAGCCCAACCCUUCCCAUCUCAUGGCACGUUUCCUGCAGAGUGCAAAUUCCAUAGGAUCAGAGGAAGGAAUUCCAGCCGUUCCAGGCAGUCAUUUGUCUUCUCCAGGGGUCCAGCUUCUCUGCAAAUUCCUGAAAUACAGGGAAGGAACUGGAGAUGUGCUCACCCAUGACCUACUGGCAUCACUGGGACAUGAUGGGAUGGCUCCUGGAGUGGAGCAAUGUGAGGAUUUGGACUUUUUAGGCAGGACAGGCAGUGUGGAGUAGUGGCUGCUGGCCAGGAGGAGUUGAGAAGGACCCAAAAAACCUCUCAAACUCUCACGAGGAGUUUUCCUUGGCAAACGCUGCAGUUAUGGCUCGUCCCAGCUCCCAAAACUGCUGAUCUUAUUCUUACCUGACUCAGGUGCAAGGUGCUGAUCAAACUCCAGCUGAAACCAAUCCGUUGCUCAUUGAUUUCACCUGGAAUUUGAGGAUAAAAGUGGUGCAGCCAGAGGAGCUCUGGCAAAAAUGGGGUUUCCUCAACUUGUCCUCACAGAGCUGGCUCUCUCUCCUUCUCUCUUCCUGCAGAGAAAAUUACAGAGAAUUCAGUGUGUUCAACAAUUCUGCUGGUCUACUUCCUCUAUCUCCUUGGAGUUUAUUAAAACCGGUUUUUAGAAAGCAAUAAAAUAUUUUCAAUAAACAGA